GAUAUAUAAAUAUAUAUUUCACUCCUUACAGAAGUAGGUGUGUCUUGGUUCCCAGUGUUGUGUGCUUGGUGUAAAAUGUCCGAUCCAGACAAAUUAAAUGUUGAUAAAAUUAUUGCCAUGUUGUUAGAGGUGCGAGGUUCUCGGCCGGGGAAAAACGUCCAACUUUCGGAGAACGACAUUCGUGGUCUUUGUUUAAAGUCAAGGGAGAUAUUUCUAAGUCAACCUAUUCUACUUGAAUUAGAAGCUCCCCUAAAAAUAUGUGGUGACGUCCACGGGCAAUAUUAUGAUUUGUUGAGGUUGUUUGAAUACGGAGGUUUUCCACCGGAGUCGAAUUAUCUUUUCCUCGGAGAUUAUGUCGAUCGUGGAAAACAAUCCUUGGAAACAAUAGCUCUGUUGCUCGCUUACAAAAUAAAAUAUCCGGAGAAUUUCUUCCUUUUACGAGGCAACCAUGAAUGUGCGAGCAUCAACAGAAUAUAUGGUUUCUAUGAUGAAUGUAAACGAAGGUACAACAUCAAGUUGUGGAAAACAUUCACCGAUUGUUUCAACUGUCUUCCACUGGCUGCAAUAAUUGAUGAGAAGAUAUUCUGCUGUCAUGGAGGGUUAUCCCCUGACCUUCAAUCAAUGGAACAAAUCCGUCGUAUAAUGCGUCCCACGGAUGUUCCCGACCAAGGCCUCUUGUGUGACCUCUUGUGGUCAGAUCCUGACAAGGAAGUAUCAGGUUGGGGUGAGAACGACAGGGGGGUGAGUUUUACAUUCGGACCCGAAGUUGUUGCAAAGUUUCUUCACAAACAUGACCUUGACCUCAUAUGUAGGGCUCAUCAGGUAGUUGAGGACGGAUACGAAUUCUUCGCGAAACGUCAACUCGUCACUUUGUUCUCGGCCCCCAAUUAUUGCGGGGAGUUCGACAACGCAGGGGCCAUGAUGAGCGUGGAUGAAACCUUGAUGUGUUCGUUCCAGAUAUUGAAACCAUCUGACAAGAAGAAGUAUCCAUACGGUGGCAUGGUGUCAGGUCGUCCUGUGACCCCGCCACGAGCCGGAGCCGCGAAAUCUAAACCUGGGAAAAAGUAACAACCCCCAAUUUAUUUAUAAAGUUUGAUCCCAAUAUUUUGUCACCAGAUAAAAUAUUCUUGGGAACCAGGUUUUAAUAUUAUUGAUCACAAAGACAACAAAACCAACCAAAACUAUCUGUUUCGAUCCCGUGUUAAAAACCUGGUUUAAAAACAUGCAGGGUUUUUAAUUUGUUUUAUACUAACUGUUUUGAAUACAAAGAUAUUUUUAUUUUAUAAAUUUUACCCAAAGUUUAGUUAGUUUUAUGUGUUCAGUUUUAUGUAUCAUAUAUAUAUAUAUAACGGCGGUUUCCAAACUACACAGUCAAAACUUUAGACUAUGUAUGUUUUUAUUUUAACUGUGGUCAAAAAGUUUGGGAACCCCUGGUAUAAGAAGGUUUAUGUAUAAAUAUAUAAACCAGUGGUUCUUGACAUUUUGUAGGACAGAAAACUACAGUGCAGGUCAAAAAAUAAUUACUUUUAUCCAGUUAAGUGUUCAUUAGUUUGAUUAAAAACCUCACCACCUAGAUUUUGAUGAACCGCAGGUGUCCACCUGUCAUAGGUCGGGAACCACUGGUUUAAAUGGUGAACACUGUAAUUUAUGUUACUCGCUGUCUUAAUUUUAUAUUUUGUUAACUUUGUAACUAAGACGACAAGCAUACAAACAUAUAUGUGCGUACUUUAUAAAAACUUACAAAAAAAUCAGCAUUACAGAAAUAUAUGUGUAUAGGAUAUGUAAUAUUAUCAAUUAUUGUUAAAUAAUCUAAGAUUUUAUAUUUGUAGAUUUCACUUAUUUUCUUCCUAUUUGUUUAUAUUCAACAUACGUUCAUACAGCCUGUGUCUAUUUUAUACCUGGGUGGGAUUAAAAAUCGGAUUUUACUUAAAUGUUAAAAUUUCCCAAAUCACUCAAGUAAUUUCAGACUAAAUGUCAUACAUGCUUGUUGUCGAACAUUUAAAAGUCUGGGCACAGUAGGCUGUUACCAUGUGGACCUUGGUUCACAUACAUGGUAUCCUGGCUUUCGUGGCAAGCAUAUAUACCAUGCAUACCCGUGUUAGUUGCCUAAACCAAGUGCAUAAAGUUACCCUUAACCUUAUGUAGGUUCGUUUGUAUAAGUGACACGGCUUGCCAUUAUAUUUCAUGCGCUUAUUUGCUUGGGGUUGGAUCAAGGUAUUGUAUUUGCUAUGCGACAUUUAAUAAAUAUGUCACAAUGAUUUGUUUGUGAUGUC